AUGGAUAACCACAGCGCUGACAAGAAGGUGGAGGAAACCCUUAAGGGAGCAGACAUAAAGUUGCUCCUGAUUGACUUCGACGGCACGCUCUUCGUGGACAAGGACAUCAAGGUGCCGAGCGAAAACAUCGAGGCCAUUAAGGAAGCCAUCGAAAAGGGGUACAUGGUGAGCAUCUGUACAGGGAGAUCCAAAGUAGGAAUAUUAAGUGCAUUCGGUGAAGAAAAUUUAAAAAAAAUGAACUUUUAUGGUAUGCCUGGAGUGUAUAUUAACGGAACAAUUGUUUACGACCAAAUAGGAUACACCCUGUUGGACGAAACCAUAGAGACUGAUGUUUAUGCAGAGUUAAUUAGCUACCUGGUGGAAAAUAAUUUAGUUAACCAAACGAUUUUCCAUCGAGGAGAAUCAAAUUAUGUUACGGAGGACAACAAAUAUUCCGACUUUUUGCAAAAAAUGUACAGCGAAAAUAGAAGUAUAAUAAUAAGGCACAAUGAAAUGCUCAAAUAUCGAACCAUGAACAAAUUAAUGAUUGUACUGGAUCCAUCAGAAUCUAAAACUGUCAUUGGCAAUCUCAAGCAGAAAUUUAAAAAUAAGCUAACCAUUUUUACCACUUAUAAUGGACAUGCGGAGGUAACUAAAUUAGGCCAUGACAAAUACACAGGAAUUAAUUACCUUUUAAAACAUUAUAAUAUUUCUAACGAUCAAGUGUUAGUUGUAGGUGAUGCUGAAAACGACAUCGCUAUGCUUUCCCAUUUUAAGUACUCCUUUGCCGUUGCCAAUGCUACUAAUUCAGCCAAAUCUCACGCCAAAUGUGUACUGCCACUUUCGCACAAGGAGGGAGCUGUGGCCUAUUUGCUUAAGAAGGUAUUCGAUUUGAAGAAGUGA